AUGGAUUGUCAAAGAGAACUUGAAGUGAAAACUUUGGAUAAAAAUGAAUCAUGGGAUUUGUUCAAAACCACACUCCAUCUUAAGAUGGAGCUUCCAGCAGAUGUAGAAAAGGUUGCGCAGUCCGUCACAGAAAGGUGUGCUGGUUUGCCGCUUGGGAUUGUUGCUGUGGCCGGGAGCAUGAAAGGUGUGACGGACAUCCGUGAGUGGAGAAAUGCAUUGGAACAAUUGAAAGCGUGUUCGGUAGGGCAUGAUGAGAUGGAACGAGAUGUGUUUCCCAUCCUGGAAUGGAGUUUCAAUCGCCUGAAUAAAUGUGAAAGGAAUUGCUUCUUGUAUUGCUGUCUUUAUCCGGAAGACAGUAAAUUAAAAAGAAAGGGACUAAUAGACCUCUUUAUUUGGGCAGAGCUGAUGCAAAAACGAAACUCAUGGUCGCAAGAAUUUGAUCAAGGUCACGCGAUAUUAAACAAACUAAUAAAAGUUUGCUUGCUAGAAGAAACUAGAGAUUCCAAAGGGGAUGACUGUGUGAAGAUGCAUGAUUUGGUCAGAGAUAUGGCAUUAAGAAUCACGCAUGGAAACUCCAAACCAAAUAGUAGCAGAGAUGAUGUACCACGAUUCUUGGUGAAAAGCUUAGGACAUGAAGAUUCAAUAGUAGCACUGGAACAAGAAGAGUGGACACAAGAUCUCUGUGCAAUUUCCUUCUAUUCACAAAAUUCCAAAGGAAUAGAAAUUCCACCAGCCUGGUCACCAAACUGUCCUAAGCUCUCAACCUUGCUUCUUUCUUAUUGUUUCAUAGAAGAAAUCCCAGAUUCAUUCUUUCGGCACAUGUGUGGACUUAAAGUUUUGAAUCUAGAAGGGUGCAAAGGUAUAACAGAGUUGCCUAAUUCUGUUUCAGACAUGGUGAAUCUCACUGCUUUUAUUUUGAGGGAUUGUACAUGCCUCCGAUCUGUGCCACCACUGGGAAAGCUCAAGCAAUUGAGGGAUUUGGAUCUAUCAUGGACUGAUAUUGAGGAUUUACCUCAAGGUUGGGAGUCACUGGUCAACCUCGAAAGUCUUAACUUGGAUGAUUGUCAGUCUUUGAAACGAAAGAUAAUACCAAAAGAGACAUUUUCCCAAUUUCACCGUCUUCAACUGCUAUUAUUGCCACCCUAUGUUAGGGUACAAGUUAAUGAUCCAGAAGUUUUGAACCAAUUAGAAAGUUUUACAGGAUGUUUGUCUUUUACGGACUUCUAUAAAAUUACUCGGUGGCCAAAAUACUAUAAUAAUGUUUAUAUCAAUGACAUCUUAACUGAGGAUCCGAGUUAUGAAUUUGAUGAUUAUGGGGACCAGGAGAAACAACUGUAUUUCCAUCAGUGUAAGCUUGGUAGAGGAUCGAACUAUCUGCCGGAUGAUAUGGAACGUAUGAUAAUCGAGGAUUGUGAGGGCAUGGGCAUUAAGUGCUUGUCAGAUGUUUUUAAGAAUUUUAUAAAUUUAAACCACUUAUCUGAAUUGGAAAUUAUAGAUUUGGUUGGAAUAGAGUUCCUCUGGCAAUUGUCCUCUGCUUCUCCACGUGAUCAGCCGGAAGACUCGUCUUUCAGACCACUCCGUGGUCUCCAAAUGCUACGCCUCACGAGGUUGCCAAAUCUGGUUGGUCUUUUUUACGGAGAAUCAGAACCAUCAUAUUUGCUUUCAGCUGGCACCUUUUCUUCCCUCAAAGAAUUGUGGAUUUCUGGAUGUCACAACAUGAAGCAGCUAUUCACGGUGCAGUUGCUGCAGAACCUUCAAAAUCUUGAAGAAUUAAGAGUUGAAGAUUGUGAAGGACUGGAGGAGAUAGCAGCAGAUGGCAAUGGAGUAGGACAAGGAGGAGGAGAAGGCACCCAAUUGACUUCAAGUGGAGGAGCCAUUACCAUGAUCAGCCUUCCCAAUUUAAGGUGCUUGAGUCUGGAUAUGCUUCCACAACUGAAUAACAUUUGCAAGGCAGCCAUGAUCUGCGAUUCAAUUGAGAAGAUUGAAAUAUUCGGCUGUCCAAAGGUAAAGAGGCUGCCUUUGUUUCUUCCUACCAUCAACGGACUACCAUCUCUUCCCAGCAAACUUAGGAUGAUCACUGGAGAUAAAGAACGGUGGGAAUCGGAACCAUUGCUUCCUACUGGCACCCAUUCUUCCCUUAAAAGGAUGUGUAUUUCUAGAUGUCACAACAUGAAGCAGCUAUUCACAAUGCAGUUGCUGCCGAACCUUCAAAAUCUUCAAGAAUUAGACAUUGAAGAUUGUAAAGGGCUGGAGGAGAUAGCAGCAGAUGGCAAUGCAGUAGGACAAGGAGAAGGAGAAGGCACCCAAUUGAAUUCAAGUGGAAGAGCCACUACCAUGAUCAGCCUUCCAAAUUUAAGUUGCUUGAGUCUGGAUAGGCUGCCACAACUGAAUAACAUUUGCAAGUCAGCCAUGAUCUGCGAUUCAAUUGAGGAGAUUAAAAUAUUUGAUUGUCCAAAGGUAAAGAGGCUGCCUUUGUUUCUUCCUACCAUCAACGGACUACCAUCUCUUCCCAGCACUCUUCGUAAAAUCAAGGGAGAUAAAGAAUGGUGGGAAUCGUUAGAGUGGGACUAUCCUAGUGCCAAAAAUGCCCUUGACCCAUUUUUUACCGCACAGCCUUGA